AAACCCUGUCGUAUUUAGUAACUUGUAUCCCAUAGCUAGAAAUCAUCAACUUACUAAUUUCUUUGACCAUUUAGUUGAAUAAAGUUUUGUUCUUUGUGCCAAACCAACUUGAUCUUCUUUAAAUCCUUCUUUCUCUCUCUCUUUCCAAACUUUGGGCAUGGAAGCUUGUGCUUCAUUUGUGAACAUCAACUCCAUUAUUUAGCAUAUCAAUCCUCUUCUGGGUCUGACCCUUUAUGCUUUACUUGUUCUUGUAAUAUAUAUUCCCAGAUUUAGUUCCUGAAAGAAUCCAACUUUAGCUUCAAAGUUCAAACCCAUCUCUCAAAUCCAGCCUUUUGCUUUCUAAAUCAACUCUAGUUUUUAGCUAAAGGGUUUUAUGGGGUUAUUUAGAGGCUUGGUUGUGGCUUUACUUUGCUUCAAUGUCUUGGUGGGUUUUGUGUUUGGGAUUGGAGUCAACUGGGGAACUCAAGAUACACAUGCAAUCCCUCCGGCUUCGGUUGUGAAGAUGAUCAAGGAUAAUGGGAUUCAGAAGGUUAAGCUUUUUGAUGCAGAUUAUAAUAUCUUGAAUGCUCUGAGCAAGUCUGGGCUUCAGGUCAUGGUGGGAAUACCCAAUGAGAUGCUUUCUGGUUUGGCUAAUAGUGUGGCUGCAGCUGAGAAUUGGGUCUCCAAGAAUGUCUCAUCAUAUGUCUCCAAUGGCGUAGAUAUUAGGUAUGCUGCAGUGGGCAAUGAACCGCUCUUGUCAGCAUUCAAUGGAAGCUUUCUUACAACACUAUUUCCCGCUCUGAAGAACAUCCAGUCAGCUCUUAUAAAAGCCGGUCUGAGCAAUCAGGUUAAGGUCACUAUUCCCCUCAACGCUGACGUCUAUGACAGUGGCACUUCUACUAAACCUUCUGAUGGUGACUUCCGGGCAGAUACAAAGGACCUCAUGCUGAACAUUGUCCAAUUCUUGAGUGACAAUGGUGCUGCAUUCACUGUCAAUAUCUAUCCUUUCAUAAGUCUCUAUAAUAAUCCCGGUUUCCCUGCGGACUAUGCCUUCUUUGACGGAUUCUCAAGUCCCAUUGAUGACAAUGGGAAAAUCUAUCAGAAUGUGUUUGAUGCAAACCAUGAUACACUAGUAUGGGCACUAGCAAAGAAUGGAUUCGGUAACUUGUCUAUAAUCGUUGGAGAGAUUGGUUGGCCUACUGAUGGGGACCAGAAUGCAAAUUUGCAGUUAGCCCAGCGGUUCAACCAGGGUUUCAUGACCAGGAUCAAGAACAAUGUAGGCACUCCCAUGAGACCUGGCCCUGUAGAUGCUUACUUAUUCAGCCUUGUUGAUGAAGAUGCCAAGAGCAUUCAGCCAGGUAACUUUGAACGCCAUUGGGGGUUGUUCUACUUUGAUGGAACACCCAAGUAUCAGCUCAGUUUGGGUACCGCAAAUGCGUUAGUAGGAGCAAGUGGUGUAAAAUAUCUGGCUAAGAAAUGGUGCGUUCUGUCACCAUCAGCUAAUCUUGAUGAUCCUGAAGUUCCUCUAAGUGUGAGCUACGCUUGUGCAAAUGCUGAUUGCACAAGUCUUGGAUAUGGGACUUCAUGUGGAAACUUAGACAUCAGAGGAAACAUUUCUUAUGCAUUUAACAGUUACUAUCAGAUCCAUGAUCAGCUGGACACUGCCUGCAGGUUUCCAAAUCUUUCAACUGUCACCAACUCCGAUCCAUCAACUGGAGACUGCAAAUUUAGGAUCAUGAUUGAACCGUCCGAGUAUAGUUCAAGUAGUGUAAACGUCCGAGCUGGGGCUCUGGGAAAGCCUCUUUGUUUGAUUUUGGUUGUGUUGCUGUAUGCAUUUCUGUGAUUUUGUGGGGCUUUUUGUACAUUAGUGAUUUCAAGUAAUAUAUUCACUGCUUGAUCUUUUUAGUCUUUGUAGAACUUCUCAGCAUAGUUGGAAGGGUCAGCAAUAGUGCUUAUGCUUGUAAUGAACACAUUAUUAGCUUGCACAGGCACUCCAAGUCACUUGAACCA